CUUCACCUCCGCAACCCCCUCGCCCUCGCCACAAUGGUGUACCGGCCAUUUCGAUCGACGUAUUACGAUGCGCAGAUGCGGGCAUCGCCUGCUCUGCUGCGAGCUCGAGCACCCUACCUAGUCAAAAACACUAUUACCGGCAUUGCCAUUUGCGGUGUCGCAAUCGGCAUAUAUUCAUACACAAUUCGCGUUAUCUCGCAGGACGAAUUCGACGAUGUCAUUGUCCCCGACGAGCCCGUGAAACACCCUCAAGCAUCGAGCACAACAGAAGGCGUAAAACAAGCUGUAGCGGCUGGGAAGUAGUAGUCAUAGCCUUUCAUAAGACACUGGGGUUGCGUCACAGGGAAGCUGUCAUUGAAAGUGCAUCUUUCGUUGGCUCUUUCAAGUCUACAAUUACAUACAUACAUGCAUUCAGCAGGCGUCAAGAGGUGGCUAUUUUAGGGGACGCACAAUCCUUCACGAUGGAGUGUUUAGAAAACCCACUUCUCCUCUCUCUCAUUUUGAGAUAGGCUUGAGUUGGACAAAUUGAAAAUAUCGCAUCCACCUGCUCAGACCACCGCCGAAUGCAAGUCAAUCAACUUAGGGAAGUGAGUUUUAUCCCUUACAUUGGCAAUCGAUAGUGCAUAUAAAAGGAUAAAAAAUUGUUUCUUGC